GACUGCUGAUAGAUGAUGAAGAGUGGCUCGGCGAGCGCCUCCGCCAGCUCCGUCAGUACUCUCAGGUGGAUCCUAUCUGUCCCCAUAGACUUCAGGCUAAUAUUAACAUCCCAAUGGGAGCAUUUCGACCUGGUGCAGGCCACCCUCAUAAAAGAAAAGAACUUACACCUGAAGAAGUGGAGGAGAGUGUUCCUGCUUUGACAGAGGAGGAGAAAGACAAGAAGCAUCUCCCAGGAGCUAAGAAACUUCCAGGUCCUGCUGUCAACUUGUCAGAGAUUCAGAACAUAAAGAGCGAGCUGAAAUUUGUCCCCAAAGCUGAACAGUAG